AUGCCUUUGAACAAUAAUGCUUUAGGCUUUGUUUUUGUUGAUCCUUCGCGACAGAUUUCUCGUAAAAAACUUCUCGAAGAGAUUCAGCUCCUUAAACUUCAAGAUAUCUUCCUUAGAAGCAGAAAUUUCUUCGCUUCAUCAAUUGGUUUCUCAGUUGACUCUUCUCGAUUUGAUUCUUAA